AUGGGGUGGCGGUGGCCCCUGGCCGUCUCUCUGGCGGCGGUGCUGGCUGUGGGGCUGGGCAGGGCCUCUGGGGGUGCUCCCCUGCCCUCGGGUGGGCACAGCACCGGGGCCCAGGAGCCGCCGGGCCGGGCCAGGAGGGGCGCCCAGGCCGAGGGGCCGAAGGAGGUGCAGCAGUACGCUCCGGAGGAGUGGGCCGAGUACCCGCGGCCGAUCCUCCCCGCCAGCCUGCGGCCCACCGGGCCUCCGGUGGCCACCAGCCCCGACCCACACAAGAACGGGGGCAGCCCCGGCGGUGGGCAGGAGCCACGGGGCAACCUGACGGGGACCCCGGGUCAGAGGCUGCGGAUCCAAAACCCCCUGUACCCGGUGACGGAGAGCUCCUACGGCGCCUACGCCAUCCUGCUGCUGGCCCUGGUGGUGUUCGCCGUGGGCAUCGUGGGCAACCUGUCGGUCAUGUGCGUGGUGUGGCACAGCUACUAUCUGAAGAGCGCCUGGAACUCCAUCCUGGCCAGCCUGGCCCUCUGGGAUUUCCUCGUCCUCUUUUUCUGCCUGCCCAUCGUCAUCUUUAACGAGCUCACCCAGCAGAGGCUUCUGGGGGACAUUUCCUGUCGAGCUGUGCCCUUCAUGGAGGUCUCCUCCCUGGGAGUCACCACCUUCAGCCUCUGUGCCCUGGGGAUCGACCGCUUCCACGUGGCCACCAGCACCCUGCCCAAGGUGAGGCCCAUCGAGCGGUGCCAGUCCAUCCUGGCCAAGCUGGCCGUCAUCUGUGGCUCCAUGACCCUGGCGGUGCCCGAGCUCCUGCUGUGGCAGCUGGCGCAGGAGCCAGCCCCCACCGCGGGCACCGUGGACUCGUGUGUCAUGAAGCCCUCGGCCAGCCUGCCCGAGUCCCUCUACUCGCUGGUGAUGACCUACCAGAACGCCCGCAUGUGGUGGUACUUCGGCUGCUACUUCUGCCUGCCCAUCCUCUUCACCGUCACCUGCCAGCUGGUGACGUGGCGGGUGCGGGGACCGCCGGGCAGGAAGCCCGCGUGCCGGGCCGGCCAGCACGGGCAGUGCGAGAGCCAGCUCAACGGCACGGUGGUGGGGCUCACGGUGGUCUACGCCUUCUGCACCCUGCCGGAGAACGUGUGCAACAUCGUGGUGGCCUACCUCUCCACCGAGCUCACCCGCCACACGCUGGACCUGCUGGGCCUCGUCAACCAGUUCUCCGCCUUCUUCAAGGGCGCCGUCACCCCCGUGCUGCUCCUGUGCGUGUGCCGGCCGCUGGGCCGGGCCUUCCUGGACUGCUGCUGCUGCUGCUGCUGCCAGGAGGGCAGCACCCCCGACGCCACGGCCGCCGACGGCCCGGACGGCAAGCUCAAGAGCGAGGUGUCCUCCUCCAUCUACUUCCACAAGCCCAGGGAGUCGCCCCCGCUCCUGCCCCUGGGCACGCCUUGCUGA